UUUGAAGGUAGUCUAGGCUAGAUGUAAGUGAACGAAAAUAAAAUUCAUUUAAACGUGGGUAAAUUAUACCCGAUACGUUAUCCGGCUGAGCAAGAAAUCCAGCUUCAUGAAACAGGCCCCAGGAAGGUACCGACACCAAUAGAAUAGUAGUAUCUCCUAACAUUUUAAAAUAAGUUCUUUUUCAUUUAUUUUAUUUUUUGUAAUUUUUAAAGAUAAAAUGUUUAUUUUAAUAUUUACAACAUGUCCAUUACAUUUGGUUUCAAGCAAUAAACCUACAAUGGAAAAUAAUACUACGAAACAAUUACACCAAUAAAGCACACUUAGUUGAUUUCGUCGUUUAAUCAGAUUUAGUCAAUCCGACACUGUUUGUCCUUCUCGUCUUCCGUAGCUCAGCGGAAGCAGACGCAUCUCGCUUCAUUUAGCGAAUCUGUUUCUUGACACGUUUAGCCAAACUGGAGUAAGGAAUACUGAGUUUUUACAGCAUACAAUGGGAGGUCAAGCGAAGAAGAAAAAGAAGAACAGGAGCAGCCGAAGAGAAAGACCCCCACACGACUCCAGACUGACUGUCCAAGAGCGUGUAAAACUGAAGAUGCAAGACAAAGCAAAGAAGAAAACGGCAGAGAGGUACACGGCAGAGCAGCUACUGGAGAAGACCCAGGAGUGCAUGGACAACUUCGACUUCGAAAUGGCCCGGCUUUUCUGUCAGCGCGCGCUGGAUAUAGAGCCUACCAACCUGAACACCCUGGACAUGUUUGGGAACAUCUGUGCUGAGCUGGGGGACGUGGAGAAAGCUAAGCAAGUGUUCCUGAGGGCCGUAGAGCUCAGCCCAGACGAGGGCCACAGCAAGUACAUGUACCUGGGUCAGAUGCACACCGGCAAAGAGGCCAUCCAGCAUUUUAGCAAAGGCAUCGAGAUCAUGCUGAAGGAGCUGGAGAAGCAGGCACGGCCGGCACCCCCGGUAGCAGCCGCCGCUGCUGCUGUAAACCGCAACCCCGAAGUGACCGCAAAGGACAUGUCAGUGGCCUUCUGUUCGGUAGCAGAGAUCUACUUCACUGACCUGUGCAUGGAGGAGGGGGCGGCUGACCGGUGCAGAGACACCAUCGACAAGGCUCUGCAGUAUGACCCUGAGAACCCCGAGGGCCUGCAGCUGAUGGCCAGCUACCUGUUCAGUGUGGACAAGCCCCAGGAGGGGAAGGAGUUCCUGAUGAGGAGCGUAGGAGUGUGGCUCCCUCGGCACCAUCAGGAGGCGGAGUCUGCUGAGGGGGAGGAGCACCAGCAGAACGCCAUGCCUCCCUACGAGUCGAGGAUCACCACGGCCAAACUGCUUGUCGAGGCCACAGAAUAUGAGGUCUGGUAUCUGCUGGGGUGGACCUCCUAUCUCCAGUCCGAAAAGCCUGAGGAAACAGAGACCUUCAAAGACUCGGCGAGAACAUAUUUAACUAAAGCCAGGAAGCUGUAUGUGAAGCUUCGCUGUGAUGACGCUGCCCUGCUGGAGCACGUGGACCAGCUCCUGGGUGAGCUGCAGCCCAGCGUGGAGGAGGAGGGCUCCGAGGACGAGGAUCUCCCACUGGACGACAUCGGUGACGACUUUGUGCAGAGCAGCGAUGAGGAGACGGCCAUGGAGCACUGAUCAGAGCCCCCUCUGCCCCCCUCUCAGCUUCCUGUCUGCUUCCCUCCUGCACCAUUUUCACUGCCUUUGUUGCUGAAGCUGCGCCAAAGAUUCACCUUCAGGCUGCAGCAGUGCUCAGCGGUGACUCCAUGAUGGACACGGAGUCGCACUCCGUCGGCCAGACCCUGGUGACAGAUGGUGCUCAGAUUCCACGCAGGUCUGUAAUCUUAAUAAAGAGCCUGUCAAAGACGGA